AUGAAUGAAAAUGCUGAAAAUAUUUUAAUUUUACUAACCAAUUUUUCAAAAAGUAUAAAAAAAGAGUUUGAUGAGGAUAUUAUUAAAAAUAUAUUUUCUACUAUUACAUUAAAAUUAAUUGACAAAAUAAAUAAAUAUGAAUUAGCAAUACAUAUUAAUAAUUAUGUGUCAAAUAAAAUAAAACAGAGAAAAAAAAAUGAUAAAUCAUUUGAACAAAUAAAAGUUAUGAUUCUUUUUUUAGAUUGUAUAUUUAAGAAUUACUGGAACAAUAAUUUUGUUAAUUUAGAUUUUUCUUGGUUAUUUAGUUUAAUAAAAUUAAAAUUAAAUGAUUCUUCUAUUUUGUUCAAUCUUUUAAGUAAUUUUUUGUUUCAAAUCGAAAAGGGAAACAAUAGCUUUUGUGUUCUUCUGUUUUUAUUAAAUCAUAUAAAAAUAAAAAUAGAAGAUAAUUUGAAAGAAGAUAAUAAAAAACAUUUUUGUUAUAAAGAAAAAGAAUUAAAUACUCCUAAUUCCUUUUUUUAUAAUUCUACUAAUGAAAUAAAUGACGUUGAAAAAAACAGUCCUAUUGAAAUUAUGAACGGUAGUAAUUAUAUAAAAUAUAAAGAUGAAAAUUUAAAAAAAAAUGAUUUUUUAUUAUCAUUAUCUUAUCAGAAUUUUUUAAACAAUUUUGAUUUAAAUAUUAAAGAUUUAAUUAAUUUGUUUAUUUUAGUAGUAGAAAGUAAUAAAGAAAUAAAAAAUCAUAGUUCAGAGAAUUCUGAAUUUAUUAAUAAUAAUUGUAAUAAUGACAAUGAAAAUAUUAAUAACAUUUCGAAUAACACUGAAAUAAAAAAUGUAGUGAAUGAUAUUUUACUUCAUCUUUUUUUUAUUAACGAUAAAGAAGUACGAAAUAUAUUAAUUAAAGAUUUUUGCUUUGUAGUUAAAAAAUAUAUUUUAAGUAAAAAUGAAUUUGAAGAUAUAUGUUUGAAGAUUAUUAAAAGGAUGUUUUUUAUGUUUAGAAAUGUAAGUAUUGAAAGCAGUUUAUUUUUUUGCAAAAAUGAAAAUAAUGUGAAACAAAAUACAAAUAUAAAAGAGGAAAAGAAUGAUUUUCUUUUUGAAAUUUACUAUGAGACUUGUUUAAACUAUUUCUUUAAUAAUGAUAAAAUAGAUGAUUAUUUAUUAAAUGAUUUUUAUAAUUUCAUAAUUUUGUAUAUUGAAUAUAUUUAUAACGAGGAUUUUAUAAAAAAUGGUUUCAUUGGUGAUGUAAGAUAUCAUUUAUUAUUAUUUAAUGAAGCAUACACAAAUGAGGGUAUUUUAAAAAAAAUUAUUUAUAUUUUUAAUACAAUUAUAAACAUAUGUGAAAAAAUAAAUUAUAAAAAAGAAAUUUCUAUUUUAUUAGAAGCUUGGCAGCUGUAUGAAUGUAUAUUGAGAUGUAUUCAAAACUUUUCUGUUCAUCUUUUAAAAACGAAUUGGCAUAAAAUGAUUAGCCUUUUAAAUAUUGUUAAUAAUAUAAAAAAAAAAUAUGAAAAAAUAUAUGAUUAUUAUUUGAAAGAAAAAAAUAAUAGGAAACUAAAAAAAUCAAAAGUACUAAGUGAGAAGGAGAAAGAUAGACAGAUAAAUAUACAUAUUGAAAACAAAUUUAUUUUUUAUGACGAAUUUGACUAUUUUAUUUUUAAAUGUUGUGUUAAAAAUAAGUCAUAUUGGUCAAAAAGUAAUAUAGAAUUCCUAAAUAAUGACAAAAAAAUUUGUCAAACGAAUUUUGGUAAAUAUUCUGAAUAUAUAGUACUUCGAUUAGUUGAAUAUUUAAUUUUGUUAUUAAUAAUUCACAAAAAUAAUACAGUUACUCGUUUUUCUCUUUGUGAAUUAAUUAGUUACGAAAAUAAAGAACUAGGUAUAUAUAAAGAUAUUCAAGAAGAUAGAAAUACAUUAAAUGAAAAUAUAGAUAUUAAUGUUUUUUUAAAUAGUAUGAAUGAUAUAUUUUUAUUUCAUAUUUUUUUUAUUUAUAUUGUAAAACCAUCUUUAUUUACAAAAGGAGAUUUACUUUAUUAUGAACAUCGAGUAAAAAAUUUCAUAAUUUCAAAAAUAGUAAAAAAUAAUUCCUUAUAUUAUAUUAAAAAGUUUAUAUUUUCUUUAGAAAAAAUAAAUUUUUCUUUUAUAAAUAUUAGAAUAAUUUUAGAAGGUUUAAUUGAAUCUAUACAUAUUUUAGAAAGGAGAAAUAUUAGUUUUGAUUCCAAAGCAUUCAAAUAUAGUUAUAAUACUAAAAAAAAAAAAGAUAUUUUAAAAUUUAAUGAAAUGAAUAUUAAUAUUCAUGAAAUUAUUAUUAAUAUUAUAAAAAAUAUAAAAAAUAUUUCAAUAAGUAGAAGAAAUGAUGUUUUAAUUUUGAUAAUACAAAUAGUAAUAAAAUUAAACUACCAUUUAAAUUUAUUUACAACAGUGCAAAACUAUUGUAUUUUUUUAGAUUUAUUUGAAGAUAAUUUUUUUUUGGAAAAUUUGGAGUAUUUUGAAUUUUUAUUAAAUUUAAAUACUAAAUUUUUCAUUCAAGAAAAAAAUGAACUAAAUGGUAAAGAAAUAAGAGAUUUUAUUUUUAUUGAAAACAAGGAAAAUAAAUUAUUAAAUAUUUUUAUUGAUCAUUUAAAUAAAGUAGUAUCUUACAAUAAUUAUUUGCACUUUUAUGGAUAUGAGAGAUUUUUUCAUUUAGUACUUAUGGAGAAUUUAUUAUAUGAUAAUUUAAUUCAUCUAAAGGAGGAGGAUGAGAAUGAAUUAAUUACUCAUUUAAUUUUUUAUGUUUUUAAAAAUAAUUUAGUAAAAUUCUUUAAUAAAAAUGCUAUAGAGAGCAUAAUAAGAAAUAACAUAAAGAAAUUAAAAAAAUUUCUAUUAUUUGAUGAUUUAAAUAAUAAUAAUGUUAACUUAUUUGACAAGCUUUUAUUAUUUGUGGAUACUUUAGAAUAUAUAAAUACAGACAGAAUAAAUAUUUUACAUGAUAAUUUAGAUUAUUAUAAUAGUGAUUAUUAUUACAAAAAAAAAAUGAAUAAAAAUAAAUGUAAUGUUAUCCAUAAAAAUUUUACAGAAAAGAGUAAUUUUUUUUAUGAAGAUAUAACAGAAUUAUUUGAUGAAUGCAAAAAUUAUUUAAUAAAUUUGAAUAUAUUAGAAGAGGAAGAUAAUUUAAAAAUAGUUUUAAUUUUUUCUUUUAUUUCAAAUAUGUGUAGGUUUUUUCACAUAGAAAAUCUAGGAAUUUUAAAUCAGAAAAUACUAAAUUUAGAAAUAAAAAAAUUUAUCAGUGAUAAGUAUUUAAAAUUUGAAAAAAAAAUAUUAUAUAAAUAUUAUGAAAAAUUUAAUUAUUAUAAAUAUAAAUACUUAUACAAUAGUAUUUUUUAUAAUGCUUUUUCUUUAAAUAAAAAUGAACUUAUUUCUUUCUCUUAUAAAGUAAUAAAAGAUAUAGAAAUAUGUAAAGAAGAAUUAGUUUAUGUUUAUUUAAUUAUAAAAAAUUAUAUUAUUCCAAAUAUUUUUAGUGAUGAUUUUGAUAGAAAAACAAAAACUUCCAUUUUAAAAUUAUUAUUGAAACAAAGUGAUUUACUAGUUGACAGAUGUUGCACAUGUAAAUAUCCAACUCAUUUGUUAGAAUUGAUUUUUAUUACCUUAUUUCAUCCUUUAAUGGUUAAAUUUGAAAUGAGUUAUUAUAUAAAUCCAAAUGCCAGUAAUGUAGAUAAAAUUAAAAUAAAAAAUGAAGAAAAUGAAAAGAUUAAAUUUAUAAUGAAACCAACAAGUGAUGACGAAGAGGAAGAACAUUUUUUAUUACUUAAUUAUUUUCAAAAAAUCAUAGAAGAUGGUAAAACAAGAUUAUCUUUAAGUAGAAGUAUUAUAAUACCAUUUAUUACGUCAUAUUUUUACAAUUUAAUUCAAUAUGCUGAUGUAAUAUAUAUCAAUAAAGAAUAUAUUUAUAAAUUUAUCACUGUCAUUGUUGAUAUAUUAAUGUAUAAAGAAUAUAUUUUAAUGGAUAAUAAAAAAAGUUUUACAAACAACUCAUUUAAAAUAAAAAAAGGAAAUGUGCAUUUAUAUAAUUUCAUUAAUGAAAAUAUAUGUUCAUAUUUUUUGAAUAAAUUACAAAAUAAUGAAGAAUUAAUUAUUCCUUCUUCACUAUAUGAAAUAUGCAAUACGUCUGUCUUUCUGAGAAUAUUGACUUUAAUAUUUUUAAUAAAUUUAUUUAAUAUAUUGGAAAAAAAAUAUAUUUAUUUUAAAAAAUGUGAAAAUAAUAAUAAAAUCAGUUUUUAUAAAAAAAGAAAUUUUGUUUUAUGUAUUUAUGAAUAUUUAAUUUUACAAAUCUUAAAAAGAAUAGAUAAUAAACAUAUAUAUAUGAGUAAAAAUAAAAAUGAGGAAAAGAAAGUAAAAAACAAAGAAAAAGAAGAAGAUAAAGAAAAAGAAAGUAUUCCACCUCUACCUUCAUCGAAUGGACAUAAUAUUCAAAUGAGGGGAUUGCAGGCAUUAUGUUGUUUAUCUAAAUAUUUUAAAUAUUUAAAAAAAAAGAAAAGAAAAAAUAUUAUAUAUUAUACUGAUAAAAUUUUACAUUAUGACCAUUUAAAUAACACACGUCAAUACUUAGAAUUAUUUUAUUCUUCAAUUAGCAACUCGUCUUUUGUAUUAUUAUAUCCAUAUAUAAUAAAAAAUUUAUCUGACCAAAAUGCAAAUAUGCAGUUAACGUUAAGCUCUUUAAUAGUAUGUUCAUAUAUUUUACUAAAAACAAAAUAUAGUUAUUAUUCAUUCAAAGAAUUAAGGUUUAAUUCCUUUUCAAAUUUAUGUUUAAUCACAAAAAAAUAUAAUAGAAGAGCUAUAAGAAAAAAAAUAAAAAAUAAAAUUGAGGUAAGGAAAAUGAAACAUAUUUUCAAUGAAAUUGUAAAAAAAAACAAUGACAAAAAAGAAAUUGUAAAAUGUAUUGAAAAUUGUAGGCAACUAAGAAAAAAAAAAAAUACUUAUCAUAAUUAUAAUAGAGAACCUAAUAAUAACAAUAAUAAUGAAGAAAAUUAUGAUAACAGUUCAAAAAUAUAUAAUUAUUUUAAUGAUAAAAACAAUUAUAAAGAAGAUAAAACUAAUAAUAAUAAUAUAAGCAGUAAUGUAAAAAUAAAAAUUGAUCAAUUGGAUAUAUGUAAUAGAAAAAAAAUAAAAAAUAAAAUUUCAUUUAGUGAAAAAAAUAAUUAUUUUUAUUCUGAAUAUAUAUGUAAAUUUUUAAUUAAAUUAUUAUAUCGUAUAAUUUGUUUAUGCUCUUCACACUCAGCAGUAAUAAGAAGUAUAUCACAAUUCAUAUUAUAUAAAUUUCUAAAAAAGAAAAAAGAAAUAUUAUUAAAUCCGUUCUUUUUAUGUAUUUACUCAUAUAUCAAGAAUAAUAAAGAUUGCAAAAGAAUUAGGGAAAAAAUGAAGGAUCAAAUUAAAUAUUGGCACGUAAAAUAUUUUGAUGAUAUAAAUAUAUUAUUACCAACUUGUAAUUAUUCAUUUAAUAAUUUUGAUGAAGAUUUAAAUCAUAAUAACACCAAUACUUUCACUCAUAUUUUAUACAAUAAUGAACUAGUUACAUCUUACACUUUUAUAGAUAGCAUAAAAAAAAUAGUACAGCAAGAAAUGUCUUCCAUAUUGUUCAAUGUAGAUUUAGAAAAAGAAAAAGAAGAUAUUAGAAAAAAUAAUGUGAACAAAAAUAUAUCAUUAAAAAUAUUUAAUGAUAUUUAUGAAAAUAAGAUAAGGGAUGAAUUAAGUAUAAAAAAACAGGAAGAUAAAAAUGUGGAACAAAUUGAAAGGGAUAACAAAUAUGAAAAAGAAAAAAUAAAAAUAAAAGAUAAUAACAUAGAAACAAAUAAUACUAUAACAAAUAUAGAAAAUGAUCAAACAAAUAGAUUAAAUAACAUUUCAGAAUUAGAAAAAUUAGAAAAUAUUGUUGAAAAAAAUAAAAACAAUUAUCAAAAGAAGUUUGAUCCUAUAGCUAAUAUAGUCGAAAUUAAUGAUUUUAGAAGUAGUUAUCAGAAAAAAAAAAAGAAUGAUUUAAUUGUUAUAGCAUCAUUAAUAGACAAAGUACCAAACCUAGCUGGAUUAUGUAGAACUUGCGAAAUUUUUAAUGUUAAAAAAUUAUUUCUGGAUAAUGUAAAUAUAAUUAAGGAUUAUCAAUUUCAAAAAAUUUCUUCUACUGCAAAUAAAUGGAUGAAUAUAAAACAAUUAAAAAAGAGUGACAUCAUAAAAUAUUUAAUAAAAAAAAAAAAAAAUUAUUCUAUAAUAGGUUUAGAACAAACAAAUUGUAGUCUAGGUUUAAAUAAUUUUAUUUUUCCAAAAAAAUCUAUUUUAAUAUUAGGUGAUGAAAAGGAAGGGAUACCUUCUUCUAUUCUUUUGUUUUUACAUCAUUGCAUAGAAAUACCAGGACAUGGAAUAAUCAGAUCAUUGAAUGUUCAUGUUUCUGCAGCUAUAACUAUUUAUGAAUAUUUCAAACAGCAAAUUUAA